AUGAAGCCCGAGAGGAGGAAGCCGACGAAGAGCAUCAAGACGAAGCCCUGCUUGAGGGGCUCGCCGUCCGGGUUGCGCCUGAGGCCCCAGUGGACGGCGGGCCGCACGAUGAGGAAGACGGCGGCCGCGAUGGCCAGGCCAGCCACGACUGACUCCAGGCGGGCGGAGACCUCGAAAGGGUUCUGCUGG